ACGCAGUUUUAUUUGGUGAACUGUCCUGGGACAGAAACAGGCAAGCGCGCCAAAUUCAUUCGUUCGCGACCCGCUCAGUCGCGGUUGUUCACCCUUUUCCAAAGAUCAACCGCCUCUCUUUGUCGAGACUCUUCUCAGUUAAAUUCCAGUCAGGUAGGCCGACGACGCUACGAUCUGACGACGUUUCUGAUACUCCGUACUCGCGUUUGCCGUUCUCUCAAUACAUCUUCCUCUAUUUUCACGCCGCGCGCCCCGCGCAGAGCCUGCCGCAGCGGUCGGCCACAUCUUGCGCCAUGGCCCCUAACGACGACCCCGUCAACUUUGACAUCAUCGAAGAUCACAAGGAGAACAUUCAAGCCCUCCCAAGCGGCCGAUCUGCCAAGAAGCUGGCCGAACUUUUCUCCCAGUCGCCGCUCCAGCCCCAGUCAACACCAUCGCCGCUGGACACCAAGGACGUCAACGACAGCAUCCGCGCCAAGUUCGAGGCUGAGAUAGCUGCCAUUUCCGAGUCUGAUGACCCUCUCGAUGUCUACGAUCGCUAUGUGCGCUGGACGCUGGAUGCAUACCCAUCUGCGCAGGCCACGCCCCAGUCCCAACUGCAUACGCUGCUCGAGCGUGCCACGAAGGCGUUUGUGAACUCGCCCCAAUACAAGAACGACCCGCGCUAUCUCAAGAUAUGGCUACACUAUAUUAACUUCUUUUCGGAUGCGCCUCGCGAAGCGUUUGUCUUUCUGUCGAGACAUUCAAUCGGCGAAACGCUCGCCCUCUUCUAUGAAGAGUACGCCGCGUGGCUCGAGGGCGCUGGCCGCUGGGCUCAGGCCGAGGAAGUUUACAAGCUGGGCAUUGAGCGGGAGGCUCGGCCCACCGCACGGUUGUUGCGCAAGUUCGGCGAGUUUGAGCAGCGGCGGGCGCAAAAGGCCGAGGCGGACGGGCCAUCCUCGCCUGCCCUACCGGCCACCCGCCCUGCUCUUGCGGCCAAGAUCGAUCCGUUUGCCGCCGCCUCAGCGGCUCGCGACCCCCAAGCCCCGAGGCCAGGCUCUGGUCUUGGGGGCCAAUCAUCAAAACCUCCUCGGUCUAAAAUGACCAUCUUCUCGGACGCAGACGCCGCACCGACGGCGCCGGCGUUGUCGUCGCGAGGGGCGGGAUCGAAAGGAUGGGAUAGCAUCGGUUCGCUCGCAGACCGCAAAAAGGAAAACACGAUGGAACCCAAGCCUUGGGCUGGAGAGACGCUAAAGGCGGGUGGCAAGAAGAGCAGCGGACCGAAGUUGGCUGUGUUCAGAGAUCCGUCUAUUUCCAAACAGCUGUCGCAAUCGCACAUUCCUAUUCACCAUGCCGAGGUCCAGGUGACAGUGAAUCCCAGCAACGGCAAAAGAGAGCGCGUAUUUGUCGACCUAAGGGCUGUCUAUCCCACCCCGGACGAGCCGGGUACGGAGCUGAGCUUUGAGGAGGUAUGGGCUGCACGACGUGGCUGGCUCGACCGCGAAUGGGAGGAUGAGGAACUGCCUUCCUUUGCCGACGAGAACUCCGUGCGAGACGUGAACGCUCUGGCAGACAGCAUGUCCCAGAAACUGGUUGUCCACCAUGAUGUCGUUAGACUCGACGAAAAUGGCGCCCCUAUUUUCCCGAAGGAGGGCAAAUCGAAAAAGAAGAAAGUCAUUGAAAUCAAUGAAACACAAAUCAUCAAAGCAAAGCUGGACUCGCCUUCCGGGCCCAAGAUAAAGAAGAAGCGGCGGUCCACUGCCGAACCAACAAUGACCCUGCAUACCAGGGCAGCAACCGACGACAUUUACGACAUCUUCAAUGCGCCACUCAAGCCAUCCGGCCGGAAGCAGCUUGACAGCGAUGACGAACGCAUUUAUGAGUCCGAUGACUACACUAGCGGUGCGGAUAGCACCGUCACCACGACGAACAUUCCCACGAGCGAGGCCGGUGACGACGAGGACGACGACGGCGGAGUAGCUGCCGGCGAUGAGACGUCGGACGUGAAGAGCGUAACCAGUGAAUGGUCAGAAUUCUCGAUGCAGCGGGGCAUCCCGGGCCUUGAGGCGGAUGUCGAAGAGCGUGACGAGACUGAGGUGUCCGAUCUCAUUGACAUCGGCGAGCAAUCUGGCGAGCUGACCUCAGUCAAGGACGAUCAGCAAGAGGAGGAUGGCAGCGACCUGGAACCCCCUAGGACGAGAACCAGGUUUGUGCCAAUACCUCCGGAAGACUACGUUCCAACGCGACGGCCGUACAGGGACCCGAUCGAGGCAGCUAAUAACCGCCUCCCGUUUAUGACGCCGAUAACCGAGAGAACAGAGACAUCGCUGGACCUGACUGCAGACCGGAGCCGGUACGGGAAGACGCCGUCUAGGAGACCCAACGGCGAGGUGCUGCGCGAGGACGACGAUGUGGAUGACGAAGAGAACGUUGAUUUGGAGCCGCUGAGCAGUCCACUGCGCGAGAUGAUUGAAGAGGAAGAGCCCGAAGCAAAGGCCGCCCCGCCGCUGUUCCCAAAACCGAGACCGGGACCAACAGGCAAACCUCUCGCCCCCAAAGUGAUGGGGCCCAAGGGUCCAAUAAUCAAGGAUCUCCAGUGCAAUCCAGUCGAUGAGAGCGUGAGAGCUGAGAUUUUGGCCAACAUCCAGCCGCCCCUGAGCUCCUACGACGGAUUUUUCGACCACCGCAGCGAGAGGAGCGAGAGGGGGGCUGAGAUCCGAAAGUUCGCCAAGGCCGCAGGCAAAGGGAUCAGGAACAGCACCGACAAGACGGGGAAUCUCGGCAGCCCCGUCGUGCUCGAGUUCCCAGGCGUAAAAUCGCGAUACACGAUCAGAAAGGAGCUGGGCGCCGGCGCCUUUGCACCGGUGUACCUGGUUGACAACUCGUGUCCCGACAGCAGCUCAUCCGACGAUGGAAACCACGGAGACGAGAACGGCCCCGUGGCUCUGAUGGGCCGCGGCGCCUUCGCCAGCACACACAGCCGCCGCCACGAGCGCGAGGCGCUCAAGAUGGAAGACCCGCCAACGCCCUGGGAAUUCUACAUGAUGCGCCUCGCACACUCCCGACUCGGCCCGCAGCACCGCGCGACCGCGUCCAUCUCCCCGGCGCUCGAGAUGCACCUCUACCAGGACGAGGGCUUCCUCUUCCUGCCCUUCCACCCGCACGGCACCCUCCUCGACGUGGUCAACCUCUUCCGCGGCGAAGCGUCCGGCGUCAUGGACGAGCAGCUGGCCAUGUUCUUCUCAAUCGAGCUCCUCCGCACCGUCGAGGCGCUGCACGCGAAGCAGAUCCUGCACGGCGACAUCAAGGCCGACAACUGCCUGCUGCGCCUGGGCGGGUUGAACGGCACCACCAGCGGCGCCAACAGCCAGGAGCAGCAGCAGCAGCUGUCCAGCCAGUGGCGCGCCGACGGCGGGGGCGGCUGGGCCGCGCGCGGCGUCACGCUUAUCGACUUCGGCCGCGGCAUCGACAUGCGCGCGUUCGCGCCCGACGUGCGCUUCGUGGCCGACUGGAAGACCUCGGCGCAGGACUGCGCCGAGAUGCGCGAGGGCCGCCCCUGGACCUGGCAGAUCGACUACCACGGCCUGGCCGGCACCCUGCACGUGCUGCUCUUCGGCAAGUACAUCGAGACGGUGCGGUGCGACGCCGGCGGGCUGGGCACCUCGGGCGCCGGCGGCCGGCGGUACAGGAUCCGUGAGAGCCUCAAGAGGUACUGGCAGACGGAGAUCUGGGCCGAGUGCUUCGACCUGCUGCUGAAUCCGGGCGCGCACGUGGAGGGCGAGCAGGGCGGCAAGAUGCCUGUCUUGCGCGGGAUGAGAGCGGUCAGGGAGAAGAUGGAACGCUGGCUGGAGGCGAACUGCGAGAGGGGGGUUGGGCUGAGGGGGUUGAUGGCGAAGGUCGAGGCGUGGGCCAAGGGGCGGAAGUGAAUUUAUGUUUGUUUAUGGUCGGGUUUCCUUUCCGUUUCAUAUUUUUAUUGGCUUGAUAUGUUGAUGAUAUCUUUUGGCGUCGGCAGAGGAAUGGACAUGAGGCGUUGAAGCAUGGCUGAAUUUGGGUAUCAUUAUCAUUCCUGUCUUUCUUUGGGGGACGCUGGGUGAUCAGUCU